CUCAAGGUCUCUACUCUUGAGCCGCCCCUUCUUUACAAUCGUGUAAACUUCCGGACUUGUUGGAUUAACCACGACGGUUUAGAAUACGUCACAUAUUCAUAUUGAAUUAUCAUGCCGGAAGUGCAACCCCUGCCCAACACGACUCCCGACACCAGUCGGGAGAGCCCCCUUGUCAUCAACUGGAACGAAAAGACGAAAUCUUGGAGCUGCCAGUGCCGGACGACCAACCAGUCCUGGCUGGAAAUUUCCAGCAAGACCGCCACCUGGAAGGGCUCUUAUUGAGAGGAAAAAUUCCCCCUCCCCAUAUCAAAACGAAAUUUCUGAUGCUGGAUUUGUGUACACAAAUCCGAGCUGUCUGGCUGGAGAGCAUUGCAGGCCCAUACCAAGUCUGAGUAGAGAGAUUUUGGCCUAGGCACUUGGCAUAAAAAACGUCAGCACUGUAGGCCCAACAGCAUCACAAACCGCCUGCACAAUGCGGCGGUUGUCUGCGGCGUUGCUUUCUUGCAAGACAGACACGAUUUGUGACCACAAAUCAGCAUCGCAGACUUCCAAAAAUAUAUCUUCUCAGUAUGGCGGGGAGGGGGGAUUUUUCCUUUUGAUAGCUCUUUCGGCGACGUCUACGUCGCGGUCCACAAGCGGUUCGGGAAAGUAUCGCAAGAAAGAGCUGUUUCACUGUGAACUUGUGAUGCCUAGAAUGGAGCGCAGAACUACUUGUCUUGCUACACCUGCAAGACCUUGACUCUUUAUGGGUAUUUUCCCCUUGGAAGCGCGCAUGGCAAAUUUUCUUUGUUAUGCGUAAGAAACUUGUGAUGCAGAUCUUGCAAAAUCAUCACAGUGAAGCAGUCUUUUCUUGGGAUAAAAAGUCGCUCUGAAACAGUGUUUGCUGAGCGGGAAAAAUAAUGGUAACACGAACAACAAUGUUACCGGUGGCGGGAGUUCUUCGAGCACAGCUGCGAAGAACUAUCUUCAAACGGGUAGUAGUUCUACUACUACCACGACUUCCCAGCUGCCACCGCAACCGGAUAUCCAGAUGUCAGAGGAGCAGCUAUUGACCUUUCAGCGCGAGUUAUACGCGUUUCACGCGAUUGAAGAAACCAGGAAGCAGAGGCAGGGGAAUCCCCACGUAUGCAGGAAAAAAGCUGUGUAAGUGUAAAACUGUGUAGGAAGAGCAGCAUCACAAAUUCGCUUUUGCAUUAGAGGCAGGGAAAACCUGUCAUGCGCAGCGAGUACGUGGACACACGUAUGAAAAUAGCCUAUCACGCAGAUCCAGCAUGACAGGUGUAACAGUUUUGCACUUUCCGCAUCACAGAUUUACACUCACAUAGUUUUUUUCUUGCAUAGCACGCGAACCUAGUGCAGUAUUUUGGCACAUUACUACCGGAGGCGACGGCGAACACGUCGGCACUGGGGCUGCUGAUUGAGCUAGUCGACGGGAACAAUCUGUACGAGCUCAGCACGAACGGUCAGUACAAAUUUUCAAAUUCGGCCAGAGUCGCGCACUCCCACCAGCUGGCGUCGGCGCUGUUGCACCUGCAUGGGGCGGUGAGACUGGUGCACAGGGAUGUCAAGCCGCAGAAUUGCGUGGUAUAAAUUACGACUUAGUGCUGAAGAGUUGUAUUUGGUUUGCGCGAGUAGAUGCGUAUAUUGGUUGAUUCGGCAUUCAUAAGUCCAUAUAAAAGUACACAUUUACACCGUAAAAAGCACCUAGAAAUGGAGAUCAUUUGCUACAACAACAGGUUUCCCAUCGUCCGACGGAUCUUCCCAUCUACGGCUUUCCCUACAUGCAAAAUACAAAUCUCGCCGAUGGGAAUUACUACAACGCCCUGAAAGUCUGUGAUUUCGGAAAAACGCUCGAAUUAAUGCCGCCACGAAGAACAUCAGCGAUGUUGACCACUUCCGGCACUACUAGCAGUCCGAGUUUAGUACAGACUUCAACAUCUUCAUCAGCUCCAGCACCUUUGUACACUGCAUUUAUCAAAGAGAACGGCGGCUCUCCGCGGUACAUGCCGAGGGAGGCUUUUCAGCAAAACAGUUUCAUCACGGAGCGGGUGGAUUCUUACGCGUUUGGGUGUUUUCUCCUGGAGAUUUUCACGCAGAAAGUGCCCUUUCCGGACGUGCAGAACUUGCACGAAAUUACGCAAUAUCAAAUGUAAGAAUGUCUGGGUCUGGAAGAAUGCCAGAUUUGUCAUGCCAGUCUGGCAUGACGCGAUAGUCUGUGUUGCAUGGGCACGAAAAAGCCCUCUUACCUGUCAUGCAAAAACGCAGUUUGCCAUGCGGAAUACGUAAGAGAUGGCAGCCAAAAAAUUUGUCAUGCAUAGCUGCGUAUUGCAGUGCGUCUAUCAUUCAUUUGUAGCAUUACAAGUUUCCAGACCCAGAUAUUUUUGCAGUUCAUACGGAAAUGAUCACGGGACGGAUGGGCGCGACGCCACCGAUUCCAGUGGCGCAGAUUAUCAAAUGCAAAAAUGUCUGGGUCUGGAAGAUUGCGAGAUUUGUCAUGCUUGUCCGGCAUGAGCAAAAGCUUUGUGAUGCGUGUCCAAGAAGACACCCUUUUGUCUGUCAUGCAAAAACGCAGUUUGCCAUGCGAAAAACGCAACACAGAGAAGCGCAGACAUUUCUUAUGCUUGCCUGUGCAUUACAGAGCAUUCACUAUUCCCGACGCAGCAUUACAAGUUUCCAGACCCAGACAUAUUUGCAUUUGAUACAGAUACCAGGGAGUCUCUUGCCCUUGUUGCAGCAGUGCUUUCGGCUCCGGCCAGAGGAUCGGCCGUGCAUGGCGGAGGCGGUCUAUUGGAUUAAGGCGAGGUGGACGGAAAUGGUUUCCUCGGCCCCUGUAGUGCUGGGAAGCUGA